AGCAGUCCUCCAGCACUCCUCACAUGCUCCAGUCACCCUGUCCUUCCCUCUAGCUCUCUUUCUGACGUUAGAAGACUGAAAUUGAGAGGCGGAGAGAAGUCAUGGAAUCCCAAGGGCCUAUUCACUUUAAGGCCCCACCCCUCUAUUCAGAGCCAUCCAACCCGGAGAACUUAGAGUCAUCCUCAGGAGUAAAGUUCUUUGAGUUAUAUAUAAAUAUAUAUAUAAAAGGGCAAGCCCAUCCUAAAUGUCAGUCCAAUAUCCACGGGGGCUAGAGACAGCAGGUAAUUAGAAGCAAUUAGUUGUCCCCCUGCCGGGAAGCCGGGCAAUUACCUUUUUCUCUCUUCCUCUUCCGUCUUUCCUUCUCCCGUGGAAGCGAUAGAAGUGUUUUGCUCCCUAAGCAGCAGUGUACGCCGAGUUGGCACGGGAAUGAGGGAUGAACUGAGCAGGAUUCGGUCUCCUCCUCCCGCCGCCGCGGUGGCCGCCGGCAGAGCAGUGCAUUGUGGAGGCUGAGCGCGCCGCGGUGGCUGGAGCUGCGGCCCCGGCAUCGCGCGGCGAGGAGCUGUCCGAGGUGCUGACCGGCCCGGCCCGCGCCCUGCGCGCCCACCUGCCCUGGACCACUCCAAGUCCUGGCUUUUCUCCCACCCCUCCGUCUGCCUUUGUGUCCUCCUCACCUAGGGGCGUAGCGGCUGGAGGAAAUCAUGGUGUUCGCUCCAGGUGAGAAACCUGGAAAUGAGCCUGAAGAGGUGAAGCUGCAGAAAGCCAGCAAACAGAUCGUGCAGAAUGCCAUCCUGCAAGCUGUUCAGCAAGUGUCCCAGGAGAGCCGGCAGAGGGAAGACAGAACCGGUGACAACCAGGGCAACUUCCAGCUGGGCGUGGGGGAAUUAACCAAGAAGCACGAAAAGAAGUAACACAGUGGAUCUGGCUCUUGUCAUAUGCCUGGUUACCAGCCUUCCUCUUAGUAUAGGAUGCGUUGCCAAAACGUUGCCAGUAAAGCAAACCAAAGUGUCGUCAGCACCUAGCAGUAGAAUGAAUUCGCGCUAGUCCUUGGCUGAGAAGCACUGUUUUGAAAAAGCGCAUUAGAAGAUUCUGUUUAUAUUAAGGCAGUGCCUCUGACACAUAGCGGGGCCAAAUACAACACUGUAAUUGCAAAAGUAGUUUUGCAACACAAUUUAUUUUUAAGGUUCUUUUUUUUCUAAAGAUUCUGUCUUGUUUGUUUACUUUCGCCCUUGAUGCAUCUUUCUGUGAAUCUAACCAGCAAUCCUUUUUGCUGAAAAGUACUGUGUCCUUUAUACUAUUUUAAAAAGACAUGCUGGAGAAGUGAAGGAAUGGAGUUUGUCACCUUCAAAUAUGGAAUUAAAGGCUUCACUGAGUUCAGGUCUCAGAUCAAAUUGAGCAAAGGCAAAUUUUAUGGCUUAGUCCCUCAGGUCUUACAAGGCAUAUAUUUAUAUUACUUUUUAAAAAGGAGGAGUUUAACUUUUCAAGAACUCAGUUUUUUGGUCUCCAUUCUCUCAAGUGUUUGAUACGGGGUGUUUACCCUCUGUGCAGAAAUCCUUGGGAAAUACAGAUUUCUUUUUCCAUGUCAAAAUAAGACAAGUGAUAGAUCUAUCUAUAUGCAUGCCUUGCCCAUGACUCUGUUUUUUAGCAGCCCUGUGAAGAGCAGCUAGACCCACAGAUUCCAUGCUGGGGAUACACUAGGGUCUGAUUAUGGGGUGCAGUGUCCUUGGAAGGAGCUGUGGGGCUUUAUACAUACUAUGUUGUCAUCGGGCUACACAUUUGCAAUAGUACCUUCCUAGUGGGAGCCUUUCUUUUCCCCUCCACAGAUUAAAAUUACAUUUUUGAGUUAUAAAAAUCAUGCACAGCAGGAAUAAAUAACCCUGCAAAUGGGAAAAGCAUUUUUCAGCUCUCUGAAGCAUGACAAUACAGUGGGAACAAUAAAGUUAACUGUUUUGGGCAAUGCAGUAUAGAGAUCUACGUGUGUAUGAAAAAAGCCAUCUUCAUUGCCAUAGUAUGACUUCUGCUCCACUCCCAUGUGGAUAAUGCACAUCUUUCUGAAGUCAUUAGAACCCCAUAGUCUGGGUUUCACCAUAGUUACUGAGUUGGUGCUACUGAGGACGGAGAGAGAAUUUGACAUUUAGUAAAAAAUCCUUUGGCUUUAGAAUAUCGAUGUCUACAUUUAAUCAUUUUUUUAAAAAGCCAGUAUUAGCAUAUAUGGUAUGACUGAUAUUAAGAUCUACUUAGAGAAUUCCAGUAUGCUACACUUUCCAGAAUGGAUACUAUUGAUGAUAGUAAAUGAAUGAAAACAACCUCUUAUCAACUGUUGGGCUAUCUCGUAUGAUGCACAGAUGGAAUAAAUUCACAGGGAGAAUGGAUGAGAGG